AUGGCUAUGUUGUCAGCAAUUUGUCUUCCAGGUGGUGUUGCAGAGGCUAAUGGGUCUGAAGGGACUAGGACAAGAUGGGUUGUAAAUUUUGGGUAUCAAGGAUAUGAAGAUUUCAACUUCAUUUUGCAUGAUAAUGAAAAGUACAGUACCCAACCUCUUGACAAUGUUGAAUCAAAUCUCUUUAGUAACAAAAUCAUUGAUUUGGAUCUGAAUGAUUUAGGCAGUACAGGCUGCCCUUUCACUUGGUCUAAUAAGAAGAGUGGUCCUGCUCUUACUGAGCAGAGACUGGAUAAAGGACUUGCCACUGAAUCCUGGAUGCUCAUGUAUCCAAAUUCCACUAUCACUAAUCUUCUAGCUAUUGGCUCUGACCAUCACCCUAUUCUUCUUAACACUAAUCUUACUUGGUCCACUGGUAAAAUCCCUUUCAAAUUCUUUGGUCCUUGGCUGGAUCAUAAGGAUUGUAAGGACAUCAUUGCUGAAUGCUGA